CACGUAUAAUUUGAGUUUUUAUAAAAAUAAAUGUGAUUUUAAUUUAUUAUCUUAUGGUGGGUUCGAGACAAAUUAAGGGUCAACUAUAUUACUUUAUUCAUUUGGGUGCUGAGCUUGGAGUCUCGGACGAAGUUUCGUUUAACAACUUUUUUCCUCUUCCAAAGACAAUUUCUUAUCCAUUUUCUCCUCUCAAACUCCCAUUUAUAUCACAUACUUAGGCUGUUGUGUUUAUAAUGAAUUAUUAUUAUAUAAUCUUACUCAUCUGACAGUGAUCUAUAAUAAGGCAAACACUUUGGCACGAUGUAUACAAAGUUGGAGAUGGACAAGUUCUCGCAAUGUUAGGGUAUGAGGUUUUUAGUAACAAAGUUUCAGUUUCUGGUUAGGAAGGAAAAAUCAAAGACCACUAACGCUUUGCCCCACCAACAAAAAUAAUUAAAGAUGCACGAUAACAUGUACAUAAAUACCAAAUUAUGUGGUAUAAGAAAAUACUCAAUUGAGAUUCUCGUAGAGCUUGUAAGCCUUUUGUGUUGCGACAAAUGUUCCUGUCUUUCUCGCAAAAUCUUUGAACACCUUUUGAUAGUGAAAGUUACAUAUUACAAUUUAAACCAUGGGCUAACAUCGCAUCAUGUACUAGUAGACAGGCCCAUGUAAAGCUAUCAAACCCCCACAACAAAAGUCCAAGCAAUUAGGCUUUUUAGCAAGAUUAUAUAUGUUGUUUUAGGCAUUAAUGUAACUCUCCUAAAUAAAACCUAUCAUGAUGUGUGAGGCAAUAGACAAACCACAGGUACCUACCUGUUGCCUGUUGGACUUAAGUUCAAUUUAUAAUUCACGGAUUACCCAAUCUAGCUUAACUACUUUGAUUAUUUCUGCCAAAAUAUACUACAUCCUUUAAAAAUCUAUACGGGCAUAGUUGAAGCCAAGACGAAGUCAUACAUAACAGAUGAUUCAACUAUAUAUAUAUAUAUAUAUAUAUCCUAGUCAUACAUAACAGAUGAAUUAACUAAAAUAAUAUAGCUGUAAAACAGAAUACAUAACUAAACAUGAUCUUAAACCUGGAAUCUAGUGGCUGGGCCAAUCAUAUUAUUUCAGAGUAAAAAAACUUAGCUACAAACAAGGUUAUGUACCAGGUAUACCAGUUACAUUCAUACUCAUAUACUAAGAAUAUUUUUCUCAACUACUACUGUUUUUAGUAUAUUAUCUUAACUGAACUGCUUUCAAAGAUGAAUUUUACUAUCACACUUUAAAAGAGAAUGGUCAACGUAAAAUUUAUUUUGGAAUAUGGAAUGGUCAACUUUAGGUGACAUCUUAGACAUUUAUUUUUUUGUAGUACAACUGUACAAGUGAUUUAAUUCGGGCCUAACUCUUACGUUACCCGUUGAAUAUGGUAAACUGCCACUAAAAGCAGACGCUCAUAAGUCUGUACGAAAUUAAUCUAGAAAAUUCAUGACACAAAAAAAAAGAAAAAAAAAGAUUCGAAAAAUCUGAACACACUUUUAAGAAAAUAUUCUUAAAGUAAAUCACAAAUCAAGCAUAAUUUUUCGACAGAAAAUGCUUUAAAAACAAUUAUCAAACAAAAAGUCAUGUGAUUACCAUUUUGAUUAGUUUAUAGAAUUUUGAUAGGAAGUUUUUUUAACCAAAGUCGCAAACUCUGUGAUGGACUGUCGUCAUGCACUUUGGCAGUUUCCGUCGGGCAUCGCGAGAAAAAAUAAAAAUAAAAUAAAACUGCCGGAAAAACAAUAAAGCCUUUUUCUUUUCGAUUUCCUUUUGGGUUAAUCUCGCUUUUUUUUUUAAUAUUCUUAAUUUCUGGGCAUCUCUCUCUCUCUGGAGAAACUCACACCGUUUCGAUUCUUCCGUCAAAAACUCUCUCUUUUGUCGCCGGAUCAACUCUACCCCGACGACCCAACACAGCAGAACCUCACCUAAACUUGAUCUCUCUCAUCUGUGUUCUCCCAGUUUAUAAAGUAACCUCCUUUCAACGGUUGAUUGGUAGCUGUGGAAGUCUCUGUUUCUGGGUUUUGUUUGUUUCUUCUCGGAAGUGUUUGUUGCUAAGGUUUGGUUUGAUUUCUCGAAACUUGUCUGAGAGAAAGAAAAAAAAACAAGGAAGAGUGAUAAAGUUUCCAUUUUUAUUAGGAAUAGAGUUUAUAACCUUAUUAAUAAUGGCGGAACCUUCUGGUGUGGAACGAGGGAUUCAAAGCUUAAUAUCAGCAAGAAACUCUCUAAAAUCGAGUCUAGAGAAGUCCAAAUCCAUCGGUUUAGCUUUGGAGAGAACCGGUCCUAGGUUCGACGAGAUUGAGCAGAGACUACCUUCCCUCGAAGCUGCUGUGAGACCUAUCCGAGCAGAUAGAGAAGCUCUAAUCGCUGUUGGUGGUCACAUCAACAGAGCCGUUGGUCCUGCAGCUGCAGUCCUCAAAGUGUUCGACGCUGUCCACGGACUCGAGAAGUCUUUGCUAUCAGACCCUAAGAACGACCUCUCCGGUUAUCUCUCGGUUUUAAAGCGGUUAGAGGAAGCGUUGAGGUUCCUAGGUGAGAACUGCGGGUUAGCUAUACAAUGGUUGGAGGAUAUAGUUGAGUAUUUGGAAGAUCACAGCGUUGCUGAUGAGAAGUAUCUUUCGAGUUUGAAGAAGUCUUUGAGAUUGCUUAGAGAGUUUCAACAAGAGAAAGCUAAGCUUGAUGGCGGGCUUAAGGACGCUGCGUUAGACAAGCUGGAGAACGAGUUCAGGAGGCUGUUACAGGACAACAGUGUUCCACUUCCUAUGGCGUCUCCGUCUUCUUUAGGAGAGCAGCAGCCUUGCAUCGCGCCGUCUCAGCUGCCUGUGACUGUAAUCCACAAACUGCAAGCGAUUCUUGGGAGGCUCAGAGCGAACAACAGACUCGAGAAAUGCGUUUCGGUGUACGUUGAAGUGAGGAGCUCUAACGUUAGAGCUAGUCUUCAAGCGCUUGACUUGGACUAUCUAGACAUCACUGUCACUGAGUUCAACGAUGUCCAGAGCAUAGAAGGGUAUAUAUCUCAGUGGGGGAAUCAUUUGGAGUUUGCUGUUAAGCAUCUCUUUGAAGCAGAGUUCAAGCUUUGCAACGAGGUGUUUGAGAGAUUCGGUUCGAGUCUUUGGUUGGAUUGCUUCUCAAAGAUAGCUGCUCAAGCGGGGAUGCUUGCCUUUCUCCAGUUUGGUAAAACAGUCACCGAUAGUAAAAAAGAUCCGAUCAAGCUUCUGAAGCUGUUAGACAUCUUCACUUCUUUAAACAAGCUGAGAGCAGACUUCAACCGUCUCUUCGGCGGAGCAGCUUGUAUAGAGAUCCAAAACUUCACUAGAGAUCUCAUCAAGAAGCUGAUCGACGGCGGAGCUGAGAUCUUCUCGGAGCUUCUGCCUCAGGUGGAGAUCCAGAAGCAAAUCCCGCCGCCUAGCGACGGCGGGGUGCCUAGGCUAGUCAGUUUCGUGACUGACUACUGCAAUAAACUUAUAGGAGAUAAGUACAAAUCAACUCUCACUCAAGUCUUGCUUAUACACAAAAGCUGGAGGUCAGAGAGGUUCCAAGAGAAUCAGCUUAUGGUUGAGGUGCUGAGAAUAAUCAAAAUGAUUGAGCAGAACAUGGACGCGUGGAUGAAAGCGUAUCCGGACCAAACGCUUUCUCAUUUCUUCGGUAUGAACAAUCAUUAUCAUCUAUACAAGAACUUGAAAGGUACGAGGAUCGGAGAUCAGUUGGGAGACUCCUGGCUGAAGGAGCAUGAUCAGUACAAAGAGUAUUACGCUACGGUCUUCCUUAGAGACAGCUGGGGGAAGCUUCCUAGUCAUCUGAGCAGAGAAGGGCUUAUAAUCUUCUCUGGUGGACACGCCACGGCUCGUGAUCUCGUCAAGAAGAGGCUGAAGGCUUUCAACGAUGCGUUUGAUGAGAUGUAUAAGAAGCAAGCAUCAUGGGUUGUGCCUGAGAAAGAUCUGAGGGAUAGAGUUUGUCAGCAGAUUGUUCAGGCUGUUGUGCCUGUUUACAGAAGCUAUAUGCAGAACUAUGGGCCGUUGGUUGAGAAAGACGCGAGUUCGAGUAAGUACGUGAGGUACACUGUGGUGGCUUUGGAGAAGAUGCUCAGCUCACUUUACAUGCCUAAGCCUAUGAGAUAUGGGAGUUUUAAAGGAACACCGCCGAGUGAGAAACUCAAGAAUGAGGUUGACCUUAGACGCACUACUUCUGCUGUUGUCUGAUUGAAGAAGGCAUGUUCUGUUGUGAUCAUAUUGUGUCUGCUCUUCUUCAGUAGAGAAGCAGAUGUACUCUUUUUAUACGUAUAUAAAUACUGUCAAAUCAGGUAUAGCUUUUUUAGUUAUUUGAUCAAAGUCCCUUUAGUUUAUUUUAUCUCAUAAGAUUUCAUGUUAGGGGGUUAAGAUUAUUCUGUUUAAUGUUAUAACCAAAGAUCAGCAAGUUUCUUGUU